AGAGAGAGAGAGAGAUCGAGAGAUAAGUGUGUGUCUGUGUGUGUAGUGAAUGUGUGCGUGUGUGAGUAAUGAGUGUGUGUUGAGUCAAUCAGUUUCCGAAAAAGGGCGUCCGCGCUGUUUUCUCUCAUGUUUGUCUCGCCGGAGGAAGGGGCGGUCUCAGCACCACAGCAGAUCCGGAAUUAGGCAGUGUUCACUCGGCUUGGCUCCGCUUGGUCGGUCGGUGGGACGGUCGGUCGGUCGGUUGGUGGUGGGCUGCGCGGCGGUUCGGCACGGAAACAGGACCGACUUCAAACACUGACAAAGGGGGGCGAUAACGAGAAAAAAAAGGGGGUUUAAAUAAUCAACAGGAGUUAACGUGUCGCCCGAAGGAGGGAGGGACGACAAACAGAAAAGAGGAAUUUAAAAGAAGAAGAAGGAGGAAAAGUAGAGGGGGAAGAUGCCUCUGGCUCAGUUAGCAGAUCCAUGGCAGAAGAUGCCGCUGGGGGGGACAGCCGGAGAGUUGCAGGAUGCACAUCACGACGCUGAGGACUCAGUGGGCGAGGACGACUCCAUGCCUGAUGAUGUACUGAUUAAGGAGAUCAGUAUCACUCAUCAUGUGAAGGAAGGAUCAGAGAAGGCUGACCCUCGACAGUUCGAGCUACGCAAAGUCCUGGGACAAGGUUCAUUUGGCAAGGUGUUUCUGGUGAGGAAGAUCACAGGACCAGAUGCUGGUCAGCUCUACGCCAUGAAGGUCCUGAAGAAAGCCACAUUAAAAGUGCGUGACCGGGUCAGGACAAAAAUGGAGAGAGACAUCCUGGUGGAGGUCAACCAUCCUUUCAUCGUCAAGCUGCACUACGCGUUCCAGACGGAGGGGAAGCUCUAUCUGAUCCUGGACUUUCUUAGAGGAGGAGAUCUCUUCACUCGUCUCUCUAAAGAGGUCAUGUUCACCGAGGAGGAUGUGAAGUUUUACCUUGCAGAGCUCGCUUUGGCCCUCGAUCACCUUCACGGCCUCGGCAUCAUUUACAGAGACCUCAAACCUGAAAACAUCCUGCUCGAUGAAGAGGGACACAUCAAGCUGACCGACUUUGGGCUCAGUAAAGAGUCGAUAGACCACGAGAAUAAAGCCUAUUCCUUCUGUGGGACGGUGGAGUACAUGGCCCCUGAGGUGGUGAACAGACGAGGACACACCCACAGUGCAGACUGGUGGUCGUAUGGCGUGCUCAUGUUUGAGAUGCUGACGGGAACGCUGCCCUUUCAAGGCAAAGACCGGAAAGAGACGAUGACCAUGAUCCUCAAGGCCAAACUGGGAAUGCCGCAGUUUUUGAGUUCAGAGGCUCAAAGUCUCCUCAGGAACCUUUUCAAAAGAAACCCUGCCAACAGAUUAGGAGCCGGACCAGACGGUGUGGAGGAGAUUAAAAGACAUCAGUUCUUCAACACCAUCGACUGGAACAAACUGUACCGCAGAGAGAUCCACCCUCCCUUCAAACCAGCUGCAGGACGACCUGAUGACACUUUCUAUUUCGAUCCGGAGUUCACAGCUAAAACCCCCAGAGACUCUCCAGGGGUUCCUCCCAGCGCCAACGCUCAUCAGCUCUUCAGAGGGUUCAGUUUUGUGGCCAUAACAGAGGAGGAAACUCAGCCAUUACCCAAUACUAUUGUACAGCAACUGCAUAGAAGCACAUCUCAUUUCUCCGAUACCUAUGAGAUUAAAGAGGACAUCGGCGUCGGCUCCUACUCCAUCUGUAAGCGCUGUCUACACAAAGGGACUGGAAUGGAGUACGCAGUGAAGAUCAUCAACAAGGUAAAACGAGACCCGACAGAGGAGGUAGAGAUCCUGCUGAGAUACGGACAGCACCCCAACAUCAUCACACUCAAAGAUGUAUAUGAUGAUGGCCGGUCAGUGUUCCUGGUGACAGAGCUGAUGAAAGGUGGUGAGCUGCUGGACAAAAUCCUGCGUCAGAAGUUUUUCUCAGAGAGAGAAGCCAGCGCUGUUCUGUACACCAUCACCAAGACUGUGGAGUAUCUGCACGUCCAGGGUGUGGUUCACAGAGACCUGAAGCCCAGUAACAUCCUCUACGUGGACGAGAGCGGGAAUGCAGAGUCCAUCAGGAUUUGCGACUUUGGUUUUGCCAAACAGCUGAGGGCAGAAAACGGGCUGCUCAUGACACCAUGUUACACUGCCAACUUUGUCGCCCCUGAGGUGUUGAAGAAACAGGGCUAUGAUGCAGCCUGUGACAUCUGGAGCCUUGGAGUUCUGCUCUACACGAUGCUGACAGGGUUCACUCCGUUCGCUAACGGCCCAGAGGACACACCAGAGGAGAUCUUAGCUCGUAUUGGCAGUGGGAAGUUCUCUCUCAGCGGAGGAUACUGGAACUCUGUGUCUGUGGAGGCGAAGGAUCUGGUGUCAAAGAUGCUGCACGUGGACCCCCACCAGCGGCUCACAGCUGGCCAGGUCCUCAGACACCCUUGGGUGACGCACAGAGACCAGCUGCCCAAGUACACCCUCAACAGACAGGACGCCCCACACCUCGUCAAGGGGGCCAUGGCAGCCACCUACUCCGCCCUCAACAGGAAUGUCCCGCCGGUCCUGGAGCCGGUGGGUUGCUCCACUCUGGCCCAGAGGAGGGGGAUAAAAAAGAUCACCUCCACCGCUCUGUGACCUUUAACCUCCUCUCACCUCCUGUCAACUCUGACCUCGCUCUGACCUCCGUCGGACCCCCUUCUGGUCUGGUGGGACAGACUACUGAUGGACCUGCGACCUGCUAAUGCCAAAUAGGAGCCCUGCCCCCGCCCCGCCCACUUUGUCCUGCCCUCUUCUGAUUGGAUCUUUCUUGCUGUCUUUCCAUAGAGUCACAGCUGAAAUACAAACCUGCUGCAGAAUCCUCCUGUGGCCAUUUUGCUUUGGACAAUCAGUGCUGCCUUGUAGACGCAGUGCAUCAGGACGGUAAACGUCCUGUAUUUAUUCACUUCAAAUGGGGAAAUCUGAAAUAGGAAGGUGAUAAUCUAAUGUAUGCAUUUAAAGAACUGGGAUCGUUAUUCUACUGUCGUUAAGGUUCUGCAUAGCUGUAGAUCCUGCAUUUAAACCUCAAGUAGCCUCUGAGAUGAUGGCAUCUACAGAAAAGGCCAGAAGGUGUGAAUCAGCAGUGAAAUCUGAGCGCAGAAGCAUUUACUCUGACUUUCAGUAUUCAGUAUUUUAAUUUUCAGGUGUAAAGAACAAAGUCUAAAAGGAUCAUUUUAGCCACUGGACAGGCCAGUCUAUCAGGGAGCUCAUCAAAUUAUCAGUAUGUAUCUGGAAAAAUAUGUUUUCAGGAUUAAACCUAGUUUUAUGGUGAGUUUUCUGCACUCAGAAACAAAUUACACUUCAUGCUCAAAAAUGAGUAAGAACAUCCCUGUCCUCUCUUUAUUUUAGAUUUUUAGAAUGAAAAGCUGUUUAAUGCAGUGUUAAGCAUCUUUCUGAUGCUGCACAAGGCAAGUGGGACGCCACCUGGUGACGCUCCAUUUACAUCUCCUCUAAGUUAAAUUUGUCUUUACAUUAUUUUAUUUUUAUACCAUUCACUACCUUGUUAAUUUGUCACAACGCAUGUUUUCUCACAGUGUCAGGGAGAUUUUGUAGUGGACAAAAGUAAUCUCUCUGCCAUUACAUUUUCCUCAUUUUAUGGAAAUUUAGUCCUUUGCUCUGGCAGUACAUUGCAUCCUGCUAAACAGAUUUCCAAACUGUCUGCACCACAGAUUCAUUAAAAUGCAAAAACUGGAAGAAUUGAACCCAAUGUUCGUCCUGUAGAGCCGUAGCGCUAAAUAUUGUCCGUCUUUGGCUCCCAUUUUCUGGCUCACCUGGUGUGUAAGGGCUUCAGUUGUUCAAAAUACUCCUGUUUUCACAACCAGAAUCGUAUACAGGCCAGAUCACUGAGGCUGAUGUGAUUCACAUGCCAAGGAACUGUUAAUGAUUUAAUACAUCAGUAUAUGACUGCCCCUCACUGUGAUGAAUGUUUAACCCAAUUAGACGCAAUUCAACAUGAUAUGAUGUAAUACAAGAGUAUGAUUCUGUACAAUGUGAUAUUGUACAGAUGGUAAAAUUUUUUUGUUCAAAUCUGCCAUUUUCACAUCACAUGCGUUUUUCUAGUACUUGUUUGAGUAUCACAUUUCUGUUCUUAUUUUAGAAAACAGGUCUUUCCACAAGGUAGGAAUGUUCUGAAAAGAUAAAAUCAAACCUGUCAUUAUUCCCUGUUCUGUUUUUCAGUUGGACUUUAAAAACACGCCUCCGUCACAAUAACAGCCUAAAGCUCUGUUUAUUUUCGGUGGGUAUUGCCAAAUGACAGCAGUGGAGAUAAAAGAAAACCGCUCAGACAGGAGGAAUCAACCUGUCAUUAAAUGGCAAUUUUCACAAGCCGUAUUUCUAAAUAUAACAGGCAGAGGGUGUUUACUAAUAACUGUAAUUAGAUAUGAGUAUACAGAUGCAAAGACAUUUCCAGUUACUCUCAAAAUGACACAUGCCUGGUAGUUGCAGACACAAAGUACCGCUGUUAGCUUUAACAAAUUCUACAUAACUGUUUCACCAUUUAUUCUGUGAGUGCCAUGGCUAAAGUUAAGUUUAGACAUAAAACAACUUGACUAAGGCUAGAAAAGGGUUAAAAGAACACAUGGAAAACAAGACCUGACAAGUCCACAUAGUUUUCCUUCCAUCUAAGGAUUAUCCAGACUUAACCAUGUCACCUGGCCUGGUCACUGUUUUCCCUGCACUUGCUCAUAAAAAAUUCAGAGGAACAGAAACACUGGUUGUUUUUAAGCCCUUUUAACUGGUCCAUAUCAUUAAUUCCCUGUAUAUCUGGGUGCGCAGUUUGUGAAAUCUGUAGCGAUAACAUCUUGAACCUUUAUGCAAUGUGUUGAUGAUACAAUACAGCCGGUGUUUUGGUUUUUUUUUUGGUUUUUUUUGCGUCUUGCUUUGUGCUGCUUUAAGACGUUUUUUCAGAAACAAGCUGUUUGAGGACAAAUUGUUUGAGAGAGCUUCCUGCCUCCACAAACACUCACUGGUCUGAGGUCACAUGAUCAGCUUCUGCCCUGCUGUACAGGACUGAUCAUCUCUGCGUGUGCAGCCGACAGGGAGCUGAACUGUAAAUAUAAAACUCAGGUUUCUACGAAUUAAAACAAUGCAUUUUGUAUGUCCAGGAGAAGGGAGAUAGAUGUACAUAAUAAGCACACAGAUAUGACGUGACAGCAGGUUGUCUUCACUUCCCACCUGUUGUCUUCUUCCUAAAAAUACCAUGUGACCAAACUGAUGUCUGCCGGGGUCGAGCGCCACAUAUGUGUCUUUAAUGUGCUCAUGUAUGAGAUUUAGAGGAAGCCCUUUAAAAGAAAAAAA